AUGCCAGGCUCAAUGCACAUGUCCCGUCUCCGUAAUUGGUUCCUCUCAUCGCCGCCAGCCGAAUACCUCAUCACGAGCCUCAAGGAGCUGCUGAUCGGCGCGCUCCAACAAGGCCCUAUCCCGCAACAUGUCGCCUUUGUCAUGGACGGCAACCGCCGGUUCGCUCGGUCUCACGGAAUUGAAACAGUGGAGGGACACAAUCUGGGGUUCGAGGCUUUGGCAAGGAUCCUUGAAGUGUGCUACAAGAGCGGAGUGAAAGUCGUUACGAUAUAUGCCUUCAGUAUCGAGAAUUUUAAGCGUUCCAAGUUCGAGGUGGACGCGCUGAUGGAAAUCGCAAAAGUGAAGCUGUCGCAAAUGGCCCAGCACGGAGACAUCCUGGAUCGAUACGGAGCGAGGGUUGACGUUCUGGGCCGCUUGGAUCUGCUCAAGCCCGACGUCUUGGAGGCCGUGAACAAGGCUGUCGAUAUGACCAGUCGUAACGGUGACCGCGUCCUCAACAUCUGCUUCCCUUACACAUCGCGCGACGAGAUCACCAGCGCUAUCCGCCACACCGUCGACGACUACAGCACGCCCAUCCAACAGGCACCUUCCGCUGCUCAUGCUGCUCGCACUCCAUUUUCAGAAUCUCACAUCACUCAAAACAUCCGCGCCCAGACCAAAUCAUAUGACACGCCCAGUGAUUCCGAAUCCACCUCCAGUUCCUCCGCACAAGAAGACGAACACCCUCGAAAUGGCCGUGGCAUCUACGAAUCCGGCUCAUCCUUUUCGUCCUCCACCACUCUGCAUCUCGGCCCCGAAUCCAAAGGCUCACCACACCGACCCGCCAGCGAAAGCCCCCUCUACAUCUCUCCCGAAACCAUCACCCGCCAAACCCUCAACGAUCACAUGCUUACCAAGGGCACACCACCCCUGGACAUCCUGGUCCGCACGUCGGGCGUGGAGCGCCUGAGCGAUUUUAUGCUCUGGCAAACCCACGAGAACACCGAGAUUGUCUUCUUGGAGGUCAUGUGGCCCGAGUUUGAUCUCUGGCACUUCCUGCCAGUCCUGCUCGGGUGGCAGCGACGGAUCUCCAAGGCUCGGCAGGACCCCGAUGCCGAGGGCGACUUUGCCGGCGAGGAAACGGACAUGCGGCUGCGUCAAGGUGGAAAGGCCAAAGACAUCUAG